AUGUCUGCCAUCCAACGCUAUUUUCGCGGUGGUACAGCCGCCAAUCACCUUUUACCUUCUGUUUUGUCGCAGGCGAGCGGUAAGCAUACGUCUCUUACCUUCUCUGUUGUCGCAGGCGAGCGCCUCCUACUCUCCUACUCUCCUCACCUCAACUCUCCUCACCACCUUCUACGACUCUCGAUUCUCGAUUCUCAAUCGUCUACCUUAUUCAUCCUCCACCUUCUACAGAUUCUGCCUUUACUCAUCCACGACUCGAGAGUAGACACUAUGACGAACAACUACGGAUGGGACCAAUGCGAGCCUAUCGUCAAAAGCGUGGAAGGCAAGCAGCUCAGAGUCGGUUUCAAGAGUCAACCGAUUAUGGUCUUCGAGAAGAACAAACAGAUCAAAAAAGACUGCAUUGACGUCAAUUUCUCGCCUGAUUACAUAUGGGGCCACAAAUUGGACAAGACUUCCAUCGAUGCUUGGUCCAAAAGUUAUCUUGUGGCCUGGAACGACAAGCACAAUAUCACACCGCCCCAACCAGCGAAGAAAACCCCCGCCAACAAGAAGAAGGCUACGAAAAAAAACAAGCCCACAACAACUGCACGUAAGAGUGCUCCCACAAGCGCCGUCAGCACCACCAGCACAAGCUCCACCUGGUCCAUCAGCUCCGCCAGUUCCACGAACUCCACCAACUCCACCAGAUCCACCGGCUCCACCACGAAAGCUGCCGCCUUCAACGACCUCUGCAAAGGGGAAGAGAUCCCAGAACGAGAUCUCUCGUCCAUCGGGUUAUGGAUGCAGAAGAAUCUGGGUUUCGCAGCACAGCCUCCCAACACUCUUGUGCGCCAGAUGAGUGACCUUGUUCGCGAGACACAAACCCCUUUCUACAUGUGCAUGGAUUUCAUCGAGUGGGGGGAAAAGAACACAAUCAUCAGAAAGCGGAAGAGGGAGGAUGAGGCUUUGGAGGAGGUAGAACGGCAGUAUAAGAAGAGGUGGGGGAGCUGGUGGGCCGAAGCGGGGAUUCCAUUGUAG